CCAAAAAGGAAGAAGAAAGCUAGCUAGACACCAGGAAGAGUACCCAAGAAAACCACAAGGAUCAGUGACGAGAUGCAGCAAGCCAAGGUGAAGGUGAAGGACGGUGCGAGCGCGCUGAGGGCCAAGGCGAAGAUCGUGUGGGCCAAACUGGCAGAGAAGACGGAGGCUGCGACGUCGAGGUCGCACGACGAGCGGCAGCUGGCGCAUGAGCGCGGCAGGGCCAAGGUCGCCGCCGCGGAGGCGCAGCUUCACCAGGAGAAGGUCGCGCAUCGGGAGGCCGCCAUGGAGCACCGCCUCCACAAGCACGCCGGCGUCGGCGGCCACAACCACAAGCACGGCGCCGGUGGCGUGCACUGAUAUAUAAGCAGGGGCGUGGCGCCCCUAGGUGGCUAGGUGGCCGGCCACCGUGUGAUUUCCUCUAUUUUUUUAGCUGAUGUAUGUACUGCUACGUACGCGUGUCGUGUUUAUUUGGUUAUAAGUUGUCUUGGUGUGCCAUGUGAUUUUAUUGACGUUAUCGGCGUUUGAAUGAUCGACUAAUUGAAAAAACUAUUUCUCUUC